CGUCCAUUUAAAACUGAUAAACCGGCCAUGGAGACUGACAAUGGAACAGUAUUUAAUUUUGGAAUAUUGAAAUCAAUGAACUUUUUAAUAUUAUGUUUCAGUUAUCUAGUGUAUCAUUUUGGUAUCAUAAUAGUCUUUACUCAUUUAUCAGAAUACUCUCUUUUGAUGGGAAUUGGCAGAGCUGAAAGUUCGAUGUUGUUUUCUGUAUUUGGUAUUACAAAUAUUGUUGGACUACUUUUGUUUGGAGUCAUAGCACAUCAUCCAAAAGCUGAUGCCAUGCUGCUCUUUAUUGGUGCAAUUUUCAUUUGUGGGGUAGCAACUGUGUUUCUACCUUUACUAACACAAUACGGAGCAUUACUUGCCUAUUCUGGAUUAAUUGGGAUUUUUAGUGCAACAAUGGGAGUGCUUUCACCAGGAAUUGUAUGCCAGAUAUUAGGGCCUAAUGAGCUAUCAAGUGGUUAUGGUGUGGUGAUGCCAUCUGUUGCAUUUGGGGCGCUAUUAGGUGGACCUGUAGCUGGUUUUAUGUAUGAUACUCUUCAUUCAUACAAUGGCUCAUUCUUUGUGGGUGGUGGUGCAGUUAUUACAAGCACACUUUGUAUGAUUUUGCCUUAUCUACGAGUUAAACAAAAUCAUUCAAAAAGAGACCUAGAAGG